CAGAUCUCGGAAGGCCUGGGCCACGUCUCCCUCCGGAAGGAUAUACUGAUGGCUGCAUUCCAAGGCCCAGAAAAGGACUUCAUUGGAGGAUCAAUCUUUGUCAAUGUCACCGUGUUCUCCUCAGGGGGUGAGAUGGUGCAAGCCGAGACCUCAGGGGUGAAGAUUGUCCAGAGCCCAUACAACAUCAAGUUCACCAGGACACCCCAGUAUUUCAAGCCAGGAAUGCCCUUCCACUUUCGGGUCUUCGUCUCAAAUCCUGAUGGAUCCCCAGCUGACAGAGUCCUUGUCCAGUCCCAAAACUACAAAGUGUGCACCUCAACUGAGGGACUGGCCACUCUGACCAUCAACACAGAUGCAAAUCUGGACAAGCUCCCCAUCGAGGUGAAAACUGAGGAAUCUCUUCAGCCAGAGGAGCAGGCUUCAGCCAAGAUGACAGCUUGGCCUUACUUGACUCAAGAUGGGUCAGGAAACUUCCUGCACAUCGAAGUAAAGACAUUGGGCACAGAGGUUGGCAGCAGCAUCCAGCUGAGCCUCAAUACAAAGCAUCAGGACCCUAAAACCAAGGACCGGAUUACUCACUUCACCAUCCUGGUCCUGAGUAAGGGCCAGAUUGUGAGUGCCAAACAUCAGUCAAAAAGCCAGGGGAGUGUCUACACGUCAGCCAUUAUUGAUGUGACUUCAGCGAUGCUGCCCUCCUUCCGCAUUCUGGCAUUUUAUUUACUUCCCAGAGGAGUGAGCCAGGAUCCUGAGUUGGUGGCUGAUUCCAUAUGGAUUGAUGUGAAUGACAGAUGCAUAGGGACGCUGAAAGUUGGCUUGAAGAAUGAUAGAUUCUUCCCUUCUUUGGAGCCCAACAGCCAAGUGGAACUGAAGGUGACAGGUGAUGCAGAAGCCACAGUGGGGCUGGUGGCUGUGGACAAGGCUGUCUAUGUUUUGAACAGCAAACACAAGCUCACUCAGAAGAAGACUGGCCCUGCCCCCAGGACCCUCCUCCUAGCCGCCAUCGCCGCUCCCUGAAGAGGCUGGAGACAAAGAGGAAUGCAGUGAACAAGUUUAAGACAGAGCUGGAGCAAAAGUGCUGUGAGGCUGGGCUCCGGGAAAGCCCAGUGGAGCUGUCCUGUGAGGAGAGGACCUGGCAUGUCCGCCACGGUCCAGCCUGUGUGGCUGCUUUCCUGGACUGCUGCCAUCUGUCUGAGACCCUGACUCGGGAGGCUCGAGAGGAUCAGCUGCGUCUGGGGACAAUGGAUGAAGAGGAGGACUUCGACGACCUCUUCCUGGAUGACAUGCCGGCACGGACCUUGUUCCCUGAGAGUUGGCUCUGGAGGAAGUUCACUCUGCCGAAGAGUGAAUCGGGCAUCUCCCAUUACCCCAUCUCUGUGAACGUGCCAGAUUCCAUCACCACAUGGCAGUUUGUGGCGGUCAGCCUCAAGGCUGGACAAGGUCUCUGUGUCUCGGACCCCUUUGAGCUGACAGUUAUGAAAUCGUUCUUUGUGGACCUUAAGUUGCCCUCCUCCGUGGUCAGGAAUGAGCAGGUCCAGAUCCAAGCUGUGUUGUACAAUUUCAGGGAUCGCCAGGCCAAGGUCCGAGUGGAGUUCCCCCACAAGGAGCCACUGUGCAGUGCGUCAAAGCCAGGAGCACCAUCCCGCCAGGCAGGGGGUCAGAUCCAGCAAACGUCCUACAGCAUCGUCUUGGAACCCCAAGGUCAGACCCAGACAAAACUGGUGCCAAGACAGGAGUUCUUGAACAUGGUACCCGACACGGAGGCGGAAGUGUUUAUCAGUGUUCAAGGCUACACUCGGAUGCUGACCCACCGGAGUUCAGACGGCACCUACCACACCUCCAAGGGGAGCCCAGGAAGCACCUGGCUCACAAGCUAUGUGUUCCGUGUCUUUGCCCUGGCCUACUCUACAAUGACGACCCAAGUGCUUAGCCUGUCCUCUCUCUGUGACAUGGCCAACUGGAUCAUCACCAACAGGCAGGCGGAGGACGGGCACUUCCUGGAGGAGGGUCCCGUGGUCAUGACUUCCAUGCAGGGUGGCUACCAAGGCUCCGAGGAGGAUGUAUCCCUCACAGCUCUCGUCCUGAUAGCCCUGAAUGAGGGAAAGGAGUUGUGCAACCAGAAGAAUUUGAUGGCCAGCAUCGAGAGAGCCCGUGGCUUCCUGGAGAGAAAACUUCCUGACAUUCAGACAACCUUUGCCAUAGCCAUAACCUCCUACGCACUGGCCCUUGCCAACAGCUCCCAAGCCAACGACCGCCUGGACAGCUUUGCUAGCCCUAGUGAGUGUGGGAUGCUUCUUAGUCAACCUCAGUCAUGGAGUGGGGAGGGGGUGAUCUCAAAUCCAGCAAUGUGUCAUUCAUCACUUAGUGUUUCCUGAGCAUCCACUGUGUAUCAACUCUUGAGCUCAGACCCUGUGAGACCAAUACAAAACCCACUGGCCGGUGGAUGAGCAGAACCUCGGCUCCCUGUACACCAUUGAGGCCACAGCCUAUGCGCUCAUGCAGAAGCUGGAGAUGCGCCGGUACAAUGAGACGCACGCCAUCGCCAGGUGGCUACUAGAGAAGCGGGAGCUGGGAGGAGGCUUCGGGUCCACUCAGACCACGGUGGUGGCCCUUGAAGCUCUGACCCGCUUCCGCGAAGAUGUCCCCUUCCAGGGUGUCCAGGAUCUCCACGUCCAGGUCAGCGCCCCCAAGAAAGCCCUGAAUGUGAAUUGGCAUAUUGAUCACAACAAUGCCUACCAACAGCGGUCAGCAAAGUUCCUUGCCCAGGAUGACCUAGAGAUCAAAGUCAGUGGCAACGGGAGAGGCACCAUCUCGAUCCUGACCAUGUACCACAAGUCCCCAGAGUCCUGGGAGGACAACUGCAACCUGUACCACCUGAAUGUGACUCUCCACAGUGUCUUAGAAGAAAAUAAAAAGGGAGACGAGACUUUUCGGCUCAGGAUGGAAACAAGGUUCCAGAACAAUCGAGAGGCCACAAUGACCAUCAUGGAGGUCUCCCUGCUCACUGGCUUCUACCCCAACCAGGAUGACCUCAAACAGCUCACGAGUGAUGUGGAGAGGUACGCCUUUCAGUACGAAACCAAGACAAGUACCAGCGACAGCACCGUUGUCCUCUACCUGGAAAAGCUCUCCCAUGAGAAAAACACAGUGCUGGGCUUUCGGGUUCACAGGAUGCUACAGGCGGAGUUCCUGCAGGCCGCCCUGGUCACUAUCUACGACUACUACGAGCCUUGACAGUGCCCAUCCCUGCAGAAGCCCAGUGGCCAACUGAGGCAGGAGGAGCUCCAGACAACAGCAUGUGAGGCAGGCGUGGAUUUUGUGUACAAGACAAAGCUGGAAUCUGUGGAGGUCUCUGCCUCCAACCCUUACGUCUAUUACAACAUGCAACUCGAAGACAUCAUUAAAAGUGGCACAGAUCCUGCCACAUCCCUUGCCAUGAAGAAAUUCAUCUCCCACGCCACCUGCCACGACUCCCUGGGGUUGCAAGAACAGGAAUCGUACCUUAUCAUGGGCCGGACGUCAGACCUGUGGAGAAUCAAAUCUGAUUACAGCUACGUUCUGGGCAGGGAGACGUUCCUCAUGCUUUGGCCAGCAGAUGGAGAUGCCAGCAAGAAAGAAUUGUGGAAGCAACUGGACGAAUUUUCGGAAUAUAUGCGCACCCAUGGCUGCGAGUCCUGAGCCUCCUCUGCUUUCAGGGAGGUGUCACCAGGCAGCUCUGGGCCACUGGGUUUAACCCCAAAUAAAGAGCACAGGAUAUCACACCCAAA